AUGCUUUUCUCACCGGCUUGCUGUCUCAUCCUUCUACUCCUCUUCAACUCAACUGAUGCUGGACGGAUUCUGGGGAAGAUCAAGGAGCGUGUGCGUAAUCUCCUACUGCAGAAAACCAAGCAGCCUCUUCAACAUGUGAAGGAGGGCAGGAUCCACCAGCAGCUGGACCACUUCAACCGACUAGACUUCAGCACCUUCCCUCAGAGGUUCUUUGUGAACGAGGCGUACUGGCGGCGUCCUGAUGGUCCGGUGUUCCUCUUCAUCGGAGGAGAAGGGCCCAUCUAUGAGUUUGAUGUUCUGGCAGGUCACCAUGUUGACAUGGCUGAGGAACACGGGGCGCUGCUGUUGACUCUGGAGCAUCGAUUCUAUGGCGACAGCGUCAACCCUGACGGCCUCAAAACGGAGAACCUGUCAGACCUGAGCAGCCAGCAGGCGCUUGCUGACUUGGCUGUAUUUCACCAGCACAUCAGCCAAAGCUUCAAUCUGAGCCACAGGAACACCUGGAUCAGCUUCGGAGGCUCGUACGCUGGAGCUCUGUCCGCCUGGUUCAGAGGAAAGUUUCCUCACCUGGUGUACGGAGCCGUGGCCUCCUCUGCUCCUGUCAAGGCGACGUUGGACUUCUCUGCCUACAGCAAUGUUGUCGGCUUGAGUCUCAUGAACGAAGCGGUUGGUGGCUCAGAAAAGUGUCUGGCUGGUGUGCGAGAAGCCUUCGCUGCUGUGGAAGCAGUGAUGGGCGGGAACGCCAGCCGGGUGGCCGUGGACUUCGGAUGCUGUCAGAUCCCCAAGGAUCUCGAUGAUCAGAUUGAGCUGAUGCAAAACCUGGCCGACAUAGUUAUGGGGACGGUGCAAUACAAUGAAGAAGGGGCGCUCAUGCCAAUCGAUGAGCUCUGUGGUGUGAUGACCAACAAGAGCGAGGCUUACGUGGAGGAGACGGAGGCUUACAACCGCCUUGUUAAACUUGCCCAGAUCUACCAUUCCUCCAGUGAGGAACCAUGUCUGGACAUCUCCCAUGAGAAAACAGUGAAGGAUCUGAUGGACACGACCGUCCACUCAGGCAGGAGAGCAGAGAGACAGUGGACCUACCAGACCUGCACCGAGUUUGGCUUCUACCAGACUUGUGAGGAUGCUACUUGUCCGUUCUCUGGGAUGGUGACCCUGCGAACCCAGACUGAACUCUGUCUAAUGCUGUUUGGCAUUUCCCAGCAUUCCCUGCCUGGACGCGUUGCCUUUACGAACACUUACUAUGGAGGAGACAACCCACACACACACAGGAUCCUCUAUGUCAAUGGUGGAGUUGACCCGUGGAAGGAGCUGUCGGUGGUUCAGGACAGGGCUGAGGAAGGAGAAGAAGCCCAGACCAUCUUCAUUAAGGACACUGCGCACUGUGCUGAUAUGAUGACUAGAAGAGUCACAGACCGCCGCUCGCUCCAGAACGCCAGACAGGAGAUUGAGAAACAUGUGGACAGUUGGCUGAAGAUGGCUGCCCUGGAGAAAACCGUCUGA